AUGCACGUCCUCUCCGAGCCCGAUGUGUCGCGAGUGUUCCGCAGCUUGACACAAUCCCAAUGUCAUGACUUCGUCAACGAACUAGGCAAAGCCCUCGUAUCCAUCUCCGCCGAGUCCAAACCAUCAGUACCAGCCACAGACAAGCUGAUCCACCAACCGCUGCGAACAGUCUUCGCCACAAAAGCAGACAACACAUGCAUCUUCAUGCCCGUCUCCAACACUGAGACAACAGGCAUCAAAUGCGUGACCGUUGCGCCGGGCGGGAUCCAGGGGGUCAUUAACCUCUUCUCACCAGACGGGCGACUCCAAGGCCUUCUCGCGGCCGCCGAGAUUACCGCAUUCCGCACCGCGCUCGCAUCCAUGACUCUAUUCGUGCGCAGCGCUGCCAUCAAGAAGGAGAAUAUUCUCAUCUUUGGAUCGGGUCGUCAGGCGGAGUGGCAUGCUCGUCUCGCUUUGCUUUUGUAUCCAGAGCAAAUUCGUCGUAUUACCUUCGUGAAUCGUGGACGGACUCGAUUGGAGCAGAUGAAAGAUGUCUUCUCUGAUCUUUGCAAGAAUUAUCCCCACUUGACUAUCACACCCAUUGCGAAGGAAGACACUGAGGGUUAUGAAGAGGUUCUGCUCCACGAACUGCAGGUUUGCGAUGUCAUUUUCUCGUGCACGCCUUCUCUCCAGCCGAAUUUCUCUUAUUCCGCUUUACGAUCUGCCCCGAAGCAGCGAUUUAUUUCGUUGAUUGGCUCUUAUAAGCCACCCAUGCAUGAGAUUGAUACAGAGACACUUCUUUCCGGCGGGGGCAAGAUCUACGUUGAUUCCAAGACAGCUUGUUUGGAGGAAUCUGGGGAGCUGAUUACAGCGCAAGUUAAAGAGGACCAGUUGACUGAGAUGGGCGAUCUGUUGGCUUCUCUUGGUCCGAAUGAUCCUAUUGGAGUUCCAGCUGGUGCUAAUGUGAUUUAUAAGUGUGUGGGAAUGGGAUUGAUGGAUUUGGUGGUUGGGAAGAAGGUCCUUGACCUUGGAGCGAGCCAAGGGUUGGGAACCCAUGUCGAUGGAUUCUAG